AUGUCUCCGACGUUCGUCUUUCCCCAAAACCUAAUCGUCCUUGAAGAAGAUUCAGGUGAAGAUGCCACUCAUCUAUCCGUCCAAAACCCCACUUCCGUUUCUUCUCUCCGAGCUUCAGAUCUUGAAGAAUUCGUCAAAGGCGUGUCAUUUGAUUUGUCCGACAAAGAGCUGUUUUGUGUUGAAGAACAAGAUGUUUUCGAUCGGAUUUACUCAUUGAUUAAGUGUUUUGGAGACCUAACUCCUGGUUGUAAAGUGAACCUAGUCGAGAGUCUUCGGUCGAACUUCAGUGUUCUGCUUCCGAACAUCGAUUCUCUUUUUAGGGUUCCUGCAUCACCGACUAGUGAUGGGAGUGAAUGUAAUGACGGUGGUCUUCCCACAACAUUGGAUCGAAUUAAUUCUCAUAGAAAUGCGUUUAAGAUUUAUACAUUCUUCCUUAUCCAUGUCGUCCUCUCCCAGGACUCGAACACUGCUUCCACCAACACUACUAAAGUACCUCUCUCUAGCAGGAAGAAACAUCCUGCUAAUUCAUGGAAUUGGGAGGCCCAAAGGGGACGUAUACUAAACCUGAUCGCAAAUUCCCUGGAGAUCAACCUCUCAUUGCUCUUCGGCUCUUCAGACCCAGACGAAAAUUAUUUGUCUUUCAUUGUGAGAAAUGCGCUUUCUAUGUUCGAGAAUGCAGUGCUGUUGAAAGAUUCUGAUGCAAAGGCAGCUUUAUGUCGUGUCAUUGGAACUUGUGCAACCAAGUAUCAUUAUUUGGCACAAACUUGUGCUUCGAUCCUGCACUUACUUCAUAAACAUGAUUUCGUUGUUAUACACUUGGCUGAUGCUGUUGCUUGGGCAGAGAAAAAGUAUUCUGAUGGAAGUUUGUGCAUCUCUCUUAUUAGAGAAAUAGGGAGAACUAACCCAAAAGACUAUGUGAAAGACACUGUUGGAGCUGAAAACAUAGGGCGGUUUCUUGUAGAGCUUGCUGAUCGUUUGCCAAAGUUAAUUUCAACUAACAUUGGUUUAUUGGUUCCACACUUUGGUGGAGAGUCAUACAAGAUAAGGAAUGCUCUUGUUGGAGUGUUGGGGAAGCUGGUGGUGAAGGCCUUCAAUGACAUUGAGGGUGAAGUAAGUUCAAAGUCUAUACGUCUUCGAACCAAGCAGGCAAUGUUGGAAAUCUUGCUAGAACGUGCUAGGGAUGUUUCAGCAUAUACUAGAAGUCGAGUACUACAAGUAUGGGUUGAACUGUGCGAAGAGCAUUCUGUAUCAAUUGGUUUAUGGAAUGAAGUUGCUGUAGUGGCUGCUGGGAGGUUGGAGGAUAAGAGUGCUAUAGUUAGAAAAUCCGCGCUGAAUUUACUCAUUAUGAUGUUGCAACAUAAUCCAUUUGGGCCACAACUACGGAUAGCUUCAUUUGAGGCGACCUUAAAGCAGUACACGAAAAAGUUGAAUGAACUAGAACCAAAUGGUUCAUCAGAAAGUGUUCUGGAUGCAUCAUCAUUGGAUGGUGAUGCUGGAAAUGAAGAUGGUGAAAUAGUUGAUGACAAGGCUGGAGUUCCAAAGGAGCAGCAGGAUAGUUUGACUGAUAGCUGCAUUCCUCAGGACAAUGAUCAAAGUACUCAAAUGGAUAGUUCGGUACCAGAUGUUGGGAAUUUGGAGCAAACCAGGACCUUGAUUGCAUCACUUGAGGCAGGCUUGAGAUUUUCUAAAUGUAUAUCUGCCACCAUGCCAACCCUUGUUCAAUUAAUGGCUUCAUCAUCAGCAACUGAUGUUGAAAACACAAUCUUAUUGCUAAUGAGGUGCAAGCAGUUUCAGAUUGAUGGAUCAGAGGCUUGCCUUAGAAAGAUGUUGCCACUGGUAUUUUCUCAAGACAAAUCUAUUUAUGAAGCCGUGGAGAAUGCAUUUGUUACAAUUUACAUAACGAAGAGCCCAAAUGAAACUGCUAAAAAUCUCAUAACUCUUGCCACUGAUUCAAAUAUUGGGGACCUUGCAGCAUUGGAGUUCAUUGUUGGUGCAUUGAUGUCUAAAGGGGAUAUCUCUGCUAGUACGGUCUCAGCAUUGUGGGAUUACUUCUGUUUCAAUGUUAGUGGAACUAGUGCAGAAAGCAGUCGUGGUGCUCUAUCUGUGUUGUGCAUGGCUGCAAAAUCAUCAGCUGAUGUUCUUAGUUCUCAUCUACAGGACAUCAUAGAUAUUGGUUUUGGACGGUGGGCAAAGAUAGAACCUUUGCUUGCCAGAACAGCUUGUAUUGCACUUCAGAGGUUAUCUGCCGAUGACCAGAAAAAUCUCUUAACUAAUCAUGGCAGCAGGGUAUUUGGUGUUUUAGACAGUUUGAUUACAGGAUCUUGGCUUCCAGAGCAUAUAUGGUAUGCUGCUGCUGAUAGAGCAAUUAGUACAAUAUAUGCUAUCCAUCCUUCUCCAGAAACUCUAGCAGCUGAUUUGGUGAUAAGAUCUCACAAUUCUGUUUUUGGAGUUGAUGAGUUGCAAGAUGACACUGAUGGUGGCAGCUCAAGUGUCCUUACUGCAGUUCAAGUUACAAAACUAAGUAGAUUUCUAUAUGUUAUAAGCCAUGUUGCCAUCAACCAACUGGUAUACAUUGAAUCCUGUGUUAGGAAGAUCCAAAAAGAGAAAGCAAAGAAAGAAAAGUUGGUUGCUGAAGGCCACCAUGUUGAGGAUAAUAGUAGUAAACCUCUUACUGAACAGAAGGAUGAUAUAAAUGCGGAAUUAGGUGUUGCUGCCUCUGAGGAUGCAGUGCUUGACAUACUUUCUGAAAGGGCAGAGAAAGAAAUUGUUUCUGGUGCUUCAGAAAAGAACUUGAUUGGACACUGUGCACCAUUUCUGUCAAAACUGUGUAGAAACUUCAGUUUGAUGCAGAAGUAUCCUGAAUUGCAGGCAUCUGGGAUGCUUGCUUUAUGCCGAUUGAUGAUUAUUGAUGGUAACUUCUGCGAAGCAAAUCUCCAACUUCUAUUCACCGUUGUUGAGAGUGCACCAUCGGAAACUGUUCGUUCCAAUUGUACAAUUGCUCUUGGAGAUCUGGCAGUUCGCUUUCCCAAUCUUUUAGAACCAUGGACAGAGAAUAUGUACUCGAGACUGCAUGAUCCUUCAGUUUCUGUCAGGAAGAAUGCUGUAUUAGUUCUCUCUCAUCUCAUCCUCAAUGACAUGAUGAAGGUUAAAGGCCAUAUAAAUGAGAUGGCAAUGCGACUGGAAGAUGAAAACGAAAGGAUUUCUAAUCUUGCAAAACUUUUCUUCAAUGAGCUGUCCAAGAAAGGGAAUAAUCCUAUAUAUAAUUUACUGCCGGAUAUCCUUGGCAAGUUAGCAAACCAGGAUCUGAAAAAAGAAUCCUUCUUCAAUAUUAUGCAAUUUUUGAUUGGGUCAAUCAAGAAGGACAAGCAAAUGGAAGCUCUUGUUGAAAAGCUAUGCUAUAGAUUUAGUGGUGUCACAGAUGCUAGGCAAUGGGAAAACAUAUCAUAUUGUCUCUCACAGCUAUCGUUUACUGACAAGGGUAUUAAGAAGUUGAUAGAAUUAUUUAAAGUUUAUGAGCAUGUUUUAUCCAAUGAAGCUGUGAUGGAUCAUUUUAGAAGCAUAAUAAACAAGGGGAAGAAGUUUGCUAAACCAGAACUCAAGUCCUGCAUUGAAGAGUUUGAGGGGAAAAUCAGCAAGUUUCACAUUGAUAAAAAGGAACAAGAGGAUACAGCAAGAAAUGCAGCUGUUCAUCAACAGAAAGCUGACGCCUUAAAAAACUUUAGUGUGGAUACGAAUAUUGAAGAGGAAAGUGCAGAGUCUGAAGCUGCUGAAGAUGGUGAGGUCACGGAUCCCUCGAUGAAUGAAGUGUCUGACUUUCCUAGUAAUGAAGAUGCUUCAAAAACUGUGGACUCCGAAGAAUGUUCUAAUGCUUCUAGUCAAGUAAUUCAGUCAGAACAAUGCGACGAUGAGAUCCAAUCCCCCCCAGUUUUUUCAAAAGGAGCAAAAAAGCAUAGAGCCAAGAAAAGCAGUAGUGCAUCUGAGAAGGCUGAUUCUGAGGCCCCCAGCAUGAGAGUUACACGGUCUAGAAGAAGGUAGAUGAUGGAAUUGAUGAAUGAGGUUCCCUCGGCCUCGGGUUGGUUUCUUGUAAGCUAGAAAAACCUGGAUAAAAAACAAUGUAGUUAAGUGUAGGAAUUCAACAAGUUGAUGCAGUAAACAUACAGAUGUGUUAGCCACAUUUGUAACCACUUGGAAAGGCUGGCUGGCUGCCUAGCCUGGUCAGGUUCUAGGCUUCCUCACUUCCUGCACCAAAUUGGUGUUUGGUUCGGACCCUGGACCCUGGUCCUGCGCUAGCCUGAUAAAUGCCCAUGUUGUCUUUUAGUAUGGCUUGGAAAUUUGGCACUCAUGUGAUGUUAUUUUUUUUUACUUUAAGAUUAGCUUCUUGUGGUAAUCAUGGAUGUCUUGACUAGUUUGUAUGUUCAUUGACUAGUCUAUCGAGCUCUUGA